GGACUAGUUAAACUCCACUUAGUAGGCUAGCUACCGGGUUUUUUGGCAGGCAGCUUCGGCAGUUUCUCUUACAUCGGCUCUUUCAGCUUUAACAUACUUGUCUGCAGAAGCAUAACCUGAAAAAGAAAUUUAAUAAAACUCAAAAACCGUAGCUACUUGUUGUAGGAGAUUGAGGAACAGGACAAGAAAGAAGACGAGGAAAUAGCACACUGCUUGCUUUUAGGAAUGGGAUCUGGAGCUGGAAGCUUCCUCAAGGUGGUUCUCAAGAACUUUGAUGUUCUUGCUGGGCCUGUGGUUAGUCUUGUUUAUCCUCUAUAUGCCUCAAUUAGGGCAAUUGAGACCAGAUCUUCUGUUGAUGAUCAACAAUGGCUUACUUAUUGGGUCCUUCAUUCUAUGAUUACUCUCUUCGAGCUCACCUUUGCCAAAGUCAUCGAAUGGAUACCAAUCUGGUCAUAUGCGAAGCUCAUUCUCACAUGCUGGUUGGUGAUCCCAUACUUCAGUGGCGCUGCAUAUGUUUAUCAGCAUUUUAUGAGACCUCUCUUUGUUAACCCACAGCAAACCAUUAAUGUCUGGUAUGUCCCCAGACAGAAGGAUGUCAUCAGAAAUACAGAUGACAUUUUAACUGCUGCUGAAAGAUACAUUGAUGAGAAUGGGACUGAAGCAUUUGAGAAGCUCAUUCACAGGGGUAAUAAGUCCAGGAGUAACGGUUACACAAACAAAAUCUUCGAUGAGGACUAUAGAUAUUAAGGCUUGUAACUCUCGUUUUGAUCUGUUACGAGGUAAAUUUGCAUUGGGUAUGACUAACUUGAGUUCUAGGCUUCUCUUCAUGGGCAAAACCAGAGUUUUCUUUUGUGAAGAAAACUGGAUGUUUUAAUGUUUAUAUAGUAUGUAAUUACCUGUCAUCAUUUGGUUUCUCUUUUUUUUUUUUUGAAGUUAUUUUUCAACACUGCACAUUUCUCAUGGAAGUAAAGAUUAUCUAAAGAUAUCGUGCAUCAAUUCUUCUUCUUA